GAGCCUAUGUCGUCUCAAAUCAAAAUUAAAUAUAAUUUAAUUUAUAGAAAUGGCUGAAACACUAACAGAUCCAAAUGAAAAUUCAACUGAGAAGAAAUUGUCAAAGAUUAAAAGAGAAUCAAAAACAAUAAAUCAAUUCGUCAUCUGGUUCACUAUCGUUCUCGUUUAUUUACACCUCUCUGCGUUAUAUGGCUUGUAUUUAUGUUUGACAACAGUGAAGUGGCUAACUAUUGGAUUCGAUUUACUCGUGUAUCACUUGUCUGCAAUAGGCGUCACUGCAGGUGCCCAUAGACUUUGGUCUCACAGAAGUUACAAAGCAAAGUUUCCCCUACAAGUGAUUCUUAUGAUGUUUUAUAGCAUGAGCCUCCAAAACACAAUUAUAAAUUGGGCCAGAGACCAUCGAGUGCACCACAAAUGCUCUGACACCGAUGGUGAUCCCCACAACGCCAACCGUGGAUUCUUUUUCUCGCACAUUGGAUGGCUGGUGACCAAAAAAUCUGACGAGGUGAAAAAACAAGGCAACUCUAUGGACAUGUCUGACUUAUACACGAACCCUGUCUUAUGUUUCCAAAAAAAAUAUGCGUUGCCUUUAUUUGGUAUUUUUUGGUUUAUUAUCCCGACUUUUACACCGAUGUAUUUCUGGGGUGAAACUUUGAACAAUGCUUGGCAUAUGAACAUACUCCGCUACCUCACGGUUAUGCACGUGACGUUGUGCGUCAAUAGUGUUGCCCACAAAUGGGGCUACAAGCCUUACGAUAAAAAUAUAUUGCCGAGUCAAAAUAUUCUGCUGAAUACUUUUGCGAUUGGCGAAGGAUUCCAUAACUAUCACCACGUGUUCCCGUGGGACUACCAGGCAGCUGAGUUUGGAAAUAAGAAGUUGAGCCUCACUACUUGGUUCAUCGAUUUUUUUGCGAAGAUUGGAUGGGCAUACGAUAUGAAGACAGCUUCCGAAGAAGUUGUACGGAAUCGAGCGGAGAGAACUGGCGAUGGAACUGACCUGUGGGGUGCACGUGAUUAUCAGGAAAAAUAAGCUACAUUAUAAUUUAUUUACAACUCUGUAUUUAGGCAUAUAAGAAGUUAAAUUGAACAAAGUACCAAAACAAGUAAUACAAAUGUAUUUUUGGAUGUUAUUUUCAAUUUUUAAUGAUUAAUUAUUUAAGGCUAGUUUCGUAAAAAAAUUGUCAUUAAAAAUAUUAGACACAUAUUUUUUUAUUUGUCAAUCAAACAAGUAAUUACGAAGUUAUGAUGCGUUAAGUUCAGCGGGACGUCACAAAGUGAUACACUUUAAAGCACUCCUUGACGUCACGGGCCUCUUCUUUUGAAUAUUGGUGCCCUUUCUCUCAUUCAAUUUUCAUUCGUUUGAAAAAGUCAAAAAUACGUGUCGAGUAUUUUUUGAUAAGUUGACUUAAGGACUAAUUCGAACUCUUGCUUUUUU